UGGGAAAUGUGAAUGAAAGUUUACAUGUUUUUCGGCAACUGAAAAGGCUCAGUCAGCAAAGCAGAACUGUGAGAGAGUGAGCAAGCAAGCAAGCAAGCAAGAGAACGAAAAGAAGCAAUCGCUUUGUUGCUUGCACGCCUCCUCCGAUCUCUCACUCUCCAUCCACACACACGCAUUGUUCACUCACUCACUCACUCACUCACCACCUGUCUCCACUCAGCCAACUUACUUCGUUCUGCGCCGCUGUGUCGGUGUUUCACGCACGCACACACACUUACUGUCUCUUGCUCUUGCUCUGGCCAUCUCGGCGAUUGCUUCACUUCUUUCCCCAUACUUGCUCUCGCUCCACUAUUUCUCAGCUCGAUUGCUUCACACUUCUAUUCCACCCUCCCCCCACAACCUGUGCUUUUUCCACAAACAGCUGCUGGGUGUGUGCGUGCGCUCUCCACUUGUCUGGCGCAUCUCCCUCUUUCUCCUGACCUUGACCACUCAUUUCUGUCUCUCUGUACCCUGCGCACAUCUCCAUGCUGGACCGCUUCACGAAACUCUCUGCGCUCGCUGUCUUGAUCCCCACCGCGGUUGCCGUCCUCGUGCGCAUGUACGUCUCCAAACGAAACGACCCCACUGCAUCUGGUGAACCGGAAGACCCCACGCGUCGGUUCGUGAAGCCAGGCACCAUGAGCACCUCCGAGGAUUACCAGACCACGAACUUGGUGAUGGAUCCUGGCUCUGAGGAUCCACAGGCCAUCCCUGUGAAGCGUCGCUCGUCCUCCUUCAAGCACGUCGAGUACCGCCACUGGCAGAUUGGCGAGACCUCUGACGACGAAGAGCCACACAUUGAUGAGAUUGGGGAGGACCCGGACUGGAUGCUCGCGACCAGGGUUGCCGCCUCCCCCGACGAGCUCAUGCAGGCUGCAGAGAAGCAGGGCGUUGCCCUCCAGACUGUUCACUUUCGCCGCCCAGACAUCAAAGUGCUGAUCCGCAUUCCCAACACCGUGUACGACCGCGGUGACGUUGACUGCUUCGUCCGAUACACAACCGACGGCUGGCAAACAUACAACGACGCAAAGGCCCGCCACUGCAGCGACUGCCUUGGCAUGAUGCCGAGCACACAGCUCUUCAGGACGCGCAUCCCUCUGCCCGAGAACGAGCACGGGCGACUCGAGUUUGCAAUCUGCAUGCGCAGUGGUGGCGAGGAGGUUUGGGACAACAACUUUGGCGCCAACCACGUGGUGCAACCAAUCGAGAACAGGUCCAUUUGAGGCAACCGUACACAUGCAAGCGCACAUGCAAGCGCACACCCACGCGAAAACGCACCGUGCGAGUGUGUACGUGUUCGCGCGCGUGGAUCUCUUGUCUCGACCUCUUUAUUCCUCGAAUCGAUUUGCUCUUCCACUUUCCUCUUAUUUGCGCUGGCUGCUGUUGCUUCAUCUUAAAGCCCUCCUUUCCUUUCCUUUCCUCUCUUCUUUCUCCCGUCUUCCCUCCAUCUUCUUCCUCUUCCAUGCAUUCCUGACCUCCACGCUUCCUCACCGCCCCACACGCGCAUGGCUUGUGUAAGCCGUGCAAGUCCUUCCCCACAUCUCUUCCUCCUUUUCAUCAUGCAUCUGUUGUUGCUGUUGCUGUUGCUGUGACGCGUGUGAUGCGAAUGCCCUAUGUUGGUGCUGGUUCUUCUGCAUGCAUGAAACCCACAGACACGCGCGGAUACGCACACACGCACACAACUCAACACGUAGCUCCACACACAUACACUUCCAUUUGCCGUGUCAUAGCAUCACGCACGCAGCUUGUCUGCUCGUCAUUAAACGAUUGGGUGUUG